AUGGGAGAGUUUUUGAGAUUUAUUGGCAAAUGGUCUGGCUCAGGAUAUGUACUUCCUCCUAUCAAUGUCAACUAUGGUGAGGAAAUUUCAAUUACCCCAUUUGGAACACCAAAAGGCAUUAUUUAUAAUUUUUCAUCAAAGACUUGGAUUGCAGGAAGUGACUAUCAAACUCGCCCAAUGCACACAGAGAUUGGGAUGAUGAAACUAAGGAACCUUGAAGCUGGCAAUUUUGCAGUCGAACUAAUGCUUACUCAUCCAUUUGGAUUGUGCGAAGUUGACUGUGGCCAAGCUAUAGGUUCUGAAAUUUUGCUUGAAAGUACAAAUUUUAUAAGAACUCCGACAAAUACAAAUAUAAAAAUCGAUAAAGUCAGAAGAAGAUAUUGGCUCGAAGGUGACACUUUGAAAUAUCAGCUUUACUUGACUGUUUUUGGAGGUCAAGAAAACUUGCAUUUACAAGGUGAAUUAACAAGAGUGACUGAGCAAACUCUUUACAACUAA